GUUCUCAUCAUGUCACACCAAAACAGAGCGAGCACUAUGGAGCUGUGCAGAGACGCAAUAUGUUUUCUAUUUUUUCUACAACUUCUCCAACAAAUCCUGUGUUUCAGCAACCCAACAGUGUUUUUGGAAAAGCACAUUGGGGCAGAAGUAGACAUGACUCCACUCUGCACCAAUGAUACAGACAAUUUCAUUACAAAUGUACUUUGCCACAUUCAAAAAGAAGAAAAUGGAGAUGAGUGUAAAUUAAACUAUCUAGAGGGACAGAAAAAUGAACCUGAAUGUGACUCCAGGAUUUCACUAAUGGUACAAAAUCACAGUGUGUUCCUCCGUUUGAUGGAUUUAACACCAGCAGACAGUGGAAUGUACAACUGUUCAUGCAUAAAAGACGAGAGCAUAUUAAGACGUCAUCUCAAUGUCACUGUCAAAGAAGCUCAAGAAAAUGGAAAUGGAAGCAAUUCUGUAAAAACACCACACCAUAAACUACUGUGGCUGAUUGCAUUAUUUGGUACCACAAUCAUCAUAGCGCCUCUUAUACUUGUAAUCUUUGUUAAAAAGAAACUUCACAGCAGACAGCAAUUGGAGACACAAACAGAUGUGACUGAGGAGCAAAUAGAGCCAUAUGGCAUGUUUAUUGAGACAAGGAGUGGCCUUUAUUCAACAGUAAAAUUAAUAAUGUUUGAAUAAUAAAGAUACAUGAAGGAAUGUUCAAAUGUAACUA